AUGACUGACUUUUUCGAUCCUGAGGAGACCUUUGGUUCCCCCGGGUUGGAGACUUCGAAAGUUAGCUAUGAUAUCAAGAAACAAACCCCACCUUUUGUCAAGGGCUCUGAAAGCCAUGAUGCUAAACUUUCCGCCGGCGAGGGAACGUUUCGUCCGGAGGAUUAUACAGUGGGAUGGAUCUGCGCCCUUCCGAUCGAGCUCGCCGCCGCUUCGGAGCUGCUGGACGAGGAGCACGGUGGACUCCCAUACGACCCCAGCGACGACAGCAUAUAUACGCUUGGUAGAAUAGGCCAGCACAAUAUAGUCCUCGUUAGUCUUCCAGCUGGGCAGUUCGGUACAAACUCGGCGGCCGCGGUUACUGUGAAGAUGAAGGCGAAAUUUCCUGCAAUCCGAGUUGGGUUGGUAGUCGGUGUGGGCGGUGGGGUCCCCAGCUCUGCCGACAUACGGCUUGGCGAUGUUGUCGUCAGUCAGCCAGAUACGGGGCAUGGUGGCGUAAUUCAGUAUGACUUGGGAAGAGCGACAGUCGCAGGGUUCAAACGGAAGGGAUUUCUCAACGCACCACCUGCUAAUUUGUUAACCGCCCUGAACAAGCUUCGCGCAGACCACUUGAGACACCGAAGCAAGGUCGCAAAAUAUCUAUCCGCAUUUGAUCACCUGCCACAGUUUCAGCGAGCCAAUGCUGGGCCUGACAUGUUGUUCGUGUCAACAUAUACUCAUGUGGGCGGGCCUUCAUGCGCACUAUGUAACGCAGGCUGCCUUGUAGCACGUGCGCCCCGGAAAUGUCCAGGCGUCAAGAUUCAUUAUGGGACCAUCGCCUCUGGUAAUCAGAUCAUCAGGAGUGGCAUUACUAGGGACCAGUUGAGCUCGGAGCUCGGAAACGUUCUUUGCUUUGAAAUGGAAGCCGCUGGCAUCAUGAACAUCUUCCCCUGCGUUGUGAUUCGAGGGAUCAGCGAUUAUGCUGACUCCCAUAAGAAUAAGAGCUGGCAACCCUAUGCAGCUGCCGCCGCUGCGGCUUAUGCGAAGGAUCUCUUGUCAGUUAUACCACCGGCUACGAACGGCAUGGGACAACCAUCGCGUGAUAUUCCCAAGAUCCAAGAGAAAGAUACACGCCUUGGAACGGGAAACAUUAUAAAUCUAUGUCAACAGGCUUAUAGACUAUAUAACAUGCUGCAUGCCGGUCAGAGAGCAACUUCGGUGGUGACUGAACUUUCUGAUUUACUCUUUGGACUUCACUGCUCGCUCAACCACUUUUUGAAUGACCCUCGCGCUUUAAACUCGUCUAUCAACUCUAACGCAUCCGACACAAGCAAUGUAUUUCGACGUCCCGAUAUUUUGAUUCCUCGCUGCCAAAUUCUACUCGACAAUCUCGAGGAGCUUAUUGGGAAUCCUCAGGGGCUAGAUAAUCCUCUCAACGGCGAUCCAGUAGCUUUAAACAGAGUGCAUCACACCCCUGCAGAAAGAACACAUACCAAAUAUGAAAUUUGCAAAUCGGCAUUAACACAAUGUGAUGUGGCACAAAUUCAGGCUGAGCUACAAUGGUGCACCACGGCCAUAGAUAUUCUUGUUGAGAAGUCGCUUCGAUUUGACCCGAGUCAUCCAACAGGGAAGGGUAUUGAUGAGGACGAAUUUAAGACACCGGCAGCACGUUUGCGAUCUGUAAUGCGCCCACAGCAACAGAAGGCCCAAGAGCUUAUAAGCAACCAAACAGCAAUCACUCCCCAGCCCACGCCCCAGUCCUUAAAUGUUCAAGGGAUUGGAUCUGUCUUUCCACGCGCGGACCCUGCCCAAAUUAAUUAUGCCAACCUUGCAAGUACCUACCUGAAUAAUGUCGCUACCAACCGAAAUCCUCCAUAUCCCUCUAUGUUCCCGAAUAGAAUAGGCCCACCCAAUAAUUUUGACGGACUAUUUGGAAACAUGGAGUUCUCCAUCCCCUCCAGUUGUAGGUCACCGCUCGUUUGGAUUAGUACCCUUUUCUCAAAGCUUGACGCGUGGGAAUUAAGCCCAGUGUCAUCAGCUCGCGAGAAGCGGGCUCGACAGAAACAUAUUCUCAGUAUGUUUAUGUCACUCAACUCCUAUAUUGAGUCGACUAAAAACAUUGAAGCAAGGCGCCAGAUAAGAGAGCUAUUGGAAGUGAAUGGCCUCAGGAAAGUUAUCGAGAGAAUAAAAAACGUUGUUGGGAGUAUGGUGAUGUUGGAGAAGCAAAUCGAGGUGUAUAAUGACGACAAAGAAGAGGAUGCUCUGGUGAAUUAG